AGAGAGAGGAACAGAAAGAAAAACAUUAUCUGUGUAGGCUGAGUUUCGAGUGUAGUGACUGCACUGGUAUUACCUGGUUCAGUGUGUUUCCGCUGAGGUGCAUGUCUUCUUUGCUCCAAGUGCCUUGUUAAAAUCAAGUCUUUCAUACAGAGAAGAAAUGGCAGAUUUUCCUGGGAAGGUUAACACACAGACAAGCUCACAUGAACCUCAAAGAAGCUUUGGAUUCCCUUCAAUCGGUGAUGCAAACUUCAUCAAGACCAUUCCUGGUAUCCUUCUUCUGGCUGAGAUUGUUGUUGGAUUACUGGUGUGGGCACUGAUUUCCAGUACUACCUACGUCACAUUUACUGCCUAUGGCUGGGUGAUGUUUGUCAGCGUGACACUGUGGUUUCUAAGUAUUGCCCUGUUCAUCAUGCUAUUGCUGAGUUUGGAUGAGAAGCUUCUGUCAGUGCCCUGGCCUUUAGUGCUCUUUGUGUUCUAUGCAGUUGCAACUGUUCUGUACUUAACUGCCUUUUUGACUGAUGCAAUAUCAGUUCCACCCAAUUGGCAUUUUUUCCAUGGUCACCUGGGAGCUUCUGCAUUUUUUGCCAUAGUGGUGACACUAUUAUAUACAGCCAGCAGCUUCUUUGCCUACUUGGGUUGGAGGCGUCAUAGCCAAAACGCAGCUGCAACCACAGUGCCUGUGUAGACGUUUUAUGCUCAACACACUCUCAUUGUGGAUCCACACAUUUCCUGUGUAAGGACACUUCUAGGAUUUUAUUCUGAUCAUGUAAAAUCACUAAAAGUCCUUUUCAGGUAUGACAGAGUGAAGAAGCCACACAAUAUUGGCAAAUGUGCAAUAACUUGUGUUAACUAUCUCCAGCAGUAUUGAUAAAUGGUUUAUAACGUGGAGAUUAUGUGUACCAAGACUGUCAACAACAAAUCAACACAUACAGCUUAUCAUAUUUUUGUAAAUGACAUGAGAAAAUAUGUAUUUAAUGGUGAGGUUCCUACAUUACUAUAAAAUCAUACUUCAGUGUGCAUUACUUG